AUGGCAAAUACAUCAUUCACAAAAGAUCAAGAAACAAUAGUUUUGAAGAUUCUUGCUUAUAAACCUCAUCAAUAUUAUGAAAUCUUACAAGUUACCAAAUCAUCUGAUGAAACUGAAAUCAAAAAAUCAUAUCGAAAAUUAGCUAUUAAAUUACAUCCUGAUAAAAAUUCUCAUCCUAGAGCUGAUGAAGCUUUUAAAUAUGUUAAUAAAGCAUGGGGGAUAUUAAGUGAUCCUUCCAAAAAGAAAAUCUUUGAUCAAACUGGUUCUGAUCCUGAUUCAAGAUUUUCAGGAUAUGGUAAUAGUAGUGGUAGUAGUGCUACAACAUCUGGAGCUAGUCCGUUUGGAAAUGGAUUUGGUGGAUUCCAAGGUGGUGGAGGUGCUCAUCCAUUUGAAGAUGAUAUAUUUAAUUUAUUCUUUGGAGGUCCAGGACGUGGUGCUGGAGGUCCAACAUUUUCAUUUGGAGGUAAUGGAUUUACUUUCCAAUCAUUUGGAGAUUCACCAUUUGGUGGUCAACAACAAUUUCAACAACGUAGACCUAGAAAUCAACAGCAACAACAGCAACAACAACGACAACAAGCACAACAACCUCAGGCUGAACCAUCAUUAAUGGAAACUUUAAGACAAUUAUUCCCUAUACUUUUAAUUAUAUUAGUACCCCUUUUAUCAGCAUUAUUUUCUGAUUCAUCAUCAUCAGUACCCGAUUAUUCAUUCAUUAAAUCAAAUCAAUUCAAUGUACAAAGACAAACUCCAAGAUAUAAUAUUCCAUAUUAUGUAUCGAAUAAUUUUGAUACCACUAAGAAAUUACUGGAUAAACAAUUAAAAAAUUUUGAUUCAAAAGUUGAAAAUAUUUAUGUUCAAGAUAAACGAUCAAGAUGUUCACGAGAACAAAUAUAUAAAAAUGAAAUGAUUGAAGAAGCUCAAGGUUGGUUUUCAACUGAUUUUGAAAAAUUAAAACAAGCGGAAUCUUUACCAAUGCCAAAUUGUCAAGCUUUAAGAGAUUUGAAUUUAAUCUAA